GGGCGACGGACAUUGGGCGCCAUUUUGAAAAGGGGGGAAAAAAUCCCUCCCCGGCGGCGGCGGCGGCGGCGGCGGCGGUGGCGGCCCGGCUGAGGUGCUGGGGCGGCAGCUGCGUGGCGGCCGCCUCCUUCGUCCGCCGCCGCCUCGGCGCUCGCCCGCCCGCGCGCGCCCGCCGGCCGGACGGCCAUGGCAGGAGCCGGAGGCGGCGGCUGCCCCGCGAGCGGCAACGACUUGCAGUGGUGUUUCUCGCAGGUCAAGGGGGCCAUCGACGAGGACGUGGCGGAAGCUGACAUUAUCUCAACUGUUGAAUUUAAUUACUCUGGAGAUCUUCUUGCAACAGGAGACAAGGGAGGCAGAGUUGUUAUUUUUCAGCGGGAACAAGAGAAUAAAAGCCACCCUCAUUCUAGGGGAGAAUAUAAUGUUUACAGUACCUUUCAAAGUCAUGAACCAGAAUUUGACUAUUUGAAAAGUCUAGAAAUUGAGGAAAAAAUUAAUAAAAUUAGGUGGUUACCACAACAGAAUGCUGCUCAUUUUCUACUCUCUACAAACGAUAAAACUAUUAAAUUAUGGAAAAUAAGUGAACGGGAUAAAAGAGCAGAAGGUUAUAACUUGAAAGAUGAAGAUGGACGACUUCGAGACCCAUUUAGAAUUACAGCACUGCGGGUCCCAAUAUUGAAACCCAUGGACCUCAUGGUAGAAGCAAGUCCACGACGAAUUUUUGCAAAUGCUCACACAUACCAUAUAAAUUCCAUUUCCGUAAACAGUGAUCAUGAAACGUAUCUUUCUGCAGAUGACCUGAGAAUUAAUCUGUGGCAUUUAGAGAUCACAGAUAGAAGCUUUAACAUCGUGGACAUUAAGCCCGCGAACAUGGAGGAGCUGACGGAGGUGAUCACCGCAGCAGAGUUCCAUCCACACCAGUGCAACGUGUUUGUGUACAGCAGCAGCAAGGGGACCAUCCGGCUGUGUGACAUGCGCUCCUCGGCCCUAUGCGACCGACACUCUAAGUUUUUUGAAGAACCUGAAGAUCCCAGCAGUAGGUCUUUCUUCUCAGAAAUAAUUUCCUCCAUCUCUGAUGUGAAAUUCAGCCAUAGUGGUCGGUACAUGAUGACCCGAGACUACCUGUCGGUGAAGGUCUGGGAUCUGAACAUGGAAAGCCGGCCCGUCGAGACCCACCAGGUCCACGAGUACCUUCGAAGCAAGCUGUGUUCUCUCUACGAAAAUGACUGCAUCUUCGACAAAUUUGAGUGCUGCUGGAACGGUCCAGACAGAUACAACCCUAGAAGUGGGCCAAGCGGAGAGCACUCAAGAACCACAUCUUGACAAGCCCCCCGAGAACAUGCAGGAGUGCCCACACCCAUGGCAGAGAGCCCCUGCAGGUACACCCAGGGCUCACACGAGCUCACCCGCGAAAACUACCAUGCCACCGGGAGUCAGCAGAGACAACAGAACUUCGCCUCUGAGAAUUCAGAUAUUGAAAUCAGACAUUACAGAAUAUAAAAUAAGAAUGCCAGAAACACAGGUUAAAGGAACAAAACCUGAACAGGCACAAGACAAAAGUGGCCUAGGAGAUAUGGACAAGAAUCAAUCAGAGCUUCUAGAAAUAAUGAGUGCAGUGGUUGGAAGUUGCUGCAUGGAGUAAAACCACGUGUGCCCCACAGAUGGUCUCAGGAAGGCGCUGAGCACAGACAGCAAGCUGCAAGGAUACACAUGGUUUGAUGACGUGUGAUAUUUAGGAUUGCAGGACAGUGUUUGUCUAAGAACAUGUAACUCUUCAGAAUAUAGACAUGUACAGUGUGGUGCACCCUGACCUCGAGUGCUUGUGCCGCAGGGGACACAGCAGGAUUUAACUGUCAGCGGUGGCUUGUGGGUACACACAUAUUCUUGUAUAUUUAUGCUUUUUGGUAUAUCUGAAUGCAUGCAAAAUUCAUUUAAAUUGCGUCCCCAGGAACUUCCAAAAGCUUUCCAGUAAUGUUUACUUGUUCUUUUAUUCUUGUGAACACUCCCCUGCCUUUUUGCUUGGAAGCUUCUGUUGAGGGUAAGGUGAAGGGGAGGAGGGCCCAGGCCUUGCAGCUGAGCAGCCCUGCCGCAUGCUCUAGGUUGUCUAAAGAACGGACAGCCGCCGCUGGGAGUCCACUUAUGCCACAUCUGGCAGUGUUCCCACAGUUGCAAUAAGUACAGCUAGCUGGGAGUAAUUUUUCUCCUGAGUUUAUCUUUUAUUCUGGUGUGAAGUUCUACACAAGGUUAAUCAGACAGUCCAGUAUUUGC